AACCUCUUCGACUUCCACGCAGACGAUAAAUUUGACGGCUUGUCCAAGCUUAAGCACUACUUGCAACACUUCGGUUACAUCACCAACUCCACGUCCAAUUACAUUGAUGACUACUUCGACAACGCUUUCCAAGCCACCAUCGAGACCUACCAGAAAAACUUCAACCUGAAUGUCACGGGAGAGCUCAACCCACAGACCAUCCAACAGAUCGUUGUUAUAAAUCCCCCAAGAUGCGGUGUCCCUGAUAUCAUCAAUGGCUCCCCGACCACGAACUCUGGGAAAAUGAUGUCAUCGUCUAACGGCAUGCACUUCCAGACCGUCUCUCAUUACAACUUUUUCCCUAGCACACCACGAUGGCCUAAAUGCAAGCAAAACCUGACCUAUGCGUUCCUGCCAGAAAGUUAGCUCUCAAACGACGUCAAGAGUGUGUUCUCUAGGGCCUUCAACCGGUGGGCUAUGGUGACGGCACUAACAUUCAUGCAGACAGAGUCGUUCAAUGACGCCAACAUCUAGAUUGUGUUCUUUGUGGGUGACCAUGGGGACAAAGAGACAUUUGACGGUUUGCUUGGGACACUAGCCCAGUCGAUGUCGGUAGUAGACCUCAUGUUGGUGGCUGUGCAUGAGAUUGGGCAUAUUCUAGGGCUGGGCCACUCCUCGGUGGAGAAUGCGAUCAUGUACUUGACGAUUUUGUCUCAGACGAGGAAGGUGGAACUUGCCAAUGAUGAUAUAUUGGGAAUUCAGGAGCUGUACGGAGCCAAUCCCUUCAAUGGUUCAUCUAGUACUCUGGUAGCUCAGAAUGAGGGAGGAACCGAUUAUGGUGCAACCUAG